CAGACCAGGACCAGGACCAGGACCAGGACCAGGACCAGGUGGAUCCAGGACCAGUGGGAUCCCAACAGGAGGCGGCCGAGCUGCUCCUCCACAAACUGGAUCAACUCAAGUCCAGUCUGGUGUCGUUCCAGCAGCUGCUCCAGGACCGACAAGACCUGGAGCCCAGAGACCCUCAGGACCAGAGAUCAGAACCUGAACUGGAACCAAAGUCAGAACCAGAACCAAAGUCAGGACCAGAACCAAAACCAAAGUCCGGAUCUAAACCAGAACCGAGGCUGAAGCGCAGCAGCAGCGUUCAGGAGAUGUUCUCAUCACCCAGAAACAAACUCCUCCGACAGAGCAGCCUUCAGCAGCAGAAGGAGUUGGAGCAGGAGCUGACGGAGCAGAGAGGACUGACUCAGGCCAUCGCUCGACAGGGAAGCAGAGUCCGACUCCACAGUCUGGAACCAAACGACCACGAACAGCCGUCGCCACGGCCGUCUCCCGCUGCUCCUGCUGUGGACCGGGGCUCUGUUCAGAUGAAGUGGGAUCUCCUUCACAGUCGGAUUCUGUUUUUGGAGGAGACGUGGCUGCUUCCUUCCUCUCAGGUGACAGACGCUUCUCGGAGGCGUAGUGAUGGAACAGCAGGACGCAUGAUUGACACGCAAACCCUGAAAGAACUGCAGAACCUCAACGACCACCUGAGGGAGCUGGGACUCAGCUGCUCACAACUCAACCAGGACUCAGUGGAAGGGUCCAGGCAGACCCUGGACGAGGGUUUGUUCCACGUCCUGAGUGGAGCGUCUCUGUCCCUGACGUCCAUCCACGACCUGCUGACAUCUCCCAUGACGAUGAGUGAUGAGGACACACAGAGGACCGUACUGGACCUGCAGAGUUUGUCUGCAGAGUUGGACGCCCUCAGCACUGAACUGUGUUGUCAGGGGUCAAAGGUCAGCAGUUUCCUGGGGUCGGACCGUAGUCUGCAAUGUGUGGAUGCUCUGGUGCGAGCGGUGGCUGUGGUCCAGACGGCUCUGAGCAGCAAAAAGAAACAACUGAUAAACCUGCAGGAGGAGACGGUGAAGCAUCAGAGACGAAUAAAAGAGUUGCAUGCUGCCUUCACUUCUAACCAGUCGACUGUUCACCAGAUAAUUAAUGACUUCAGUGGAAGUCUGGGUCCUAAUGAGCAGCUCCAGACUGUGGCUCAGAUUCAGGAGACUCUUCAUCAGCAGGUUGAACAGGUGAACUUUCUGCUACAGGAGGGAGAGCAACACAACCUGCCUGAAUCUGUUGUCCAACAGGCCACACAGCUGCAGGUGGACUUGGAUGGUGCACUGGGUGGUGUUCACUCCCGUAGUCUGGAUCUCAGGACCAGUGUGGAUCUUCAGCGUCAGUAUGAACAGCUCGUCCACAGCCUGAAGGAGCUGCUGACUCUUGGCUUUGAACGCCUCGUCCUCCAGCCUGAAGCAGAACUCCAGAACCGGGAUCAACUCCUAAACCACCUCAGCACUCACAAAAAGUUCUUCCAGUUCCUCAGCCAGCAUUUAAGGAUCCUUCAGUAUUUGGCUCAGAAAGUCCCAGAGAAUGUUCGACAAACACUGGAAGAUCUGCAGGAGGAUGUGGUCCGACUGGAACAGCGUGGACUGGAGAAAGGAAUCAGGAUGGAAGAAAUCCUGCAGAUGUGGUCACAGUGGGAGGACGACUGCACCUGGAUGGACUCCCUGCUGAGAGGCAUCGAGACUUCAUUUCCCAACAUGCAUGAGGGCGGUGAAUCUGAGGAGCAGAUAUCGAAUAAGCUCUGUGUCUACCAGGAACUUCAUGUUGCUCUGGAGGGAAACAUGGCACGCAUCAGUCGGAUGCUGGAGGCGGGGCUUCUGCUGCAGACGGCGGGCUGUAGAGGAGUGGGCGUGGUCACCAGUAAGUUAGAGGCCCAAUGGAAAUCCCUGCACAAGAGGGUGGACCAUGAACGCACCAUCGUCAACCAGACCAGGAAGCUGAGGAGCAGGUUUUAUCGUGAAUCUGCUGCUCUUGCUGACUGGAUGGGCGGGGCUAGAGCACUGAUUGACAGGAGUCAGCUCAUUGUUUCGGCCAAUGAGGAGGAAGAUGCUGAGAAGAACAGAGAACACUUCCUGCAGUUAGUGGAGUUGUCCAAAGAACUGGAGGCCAAGUCUGGGCUGAAAGUGUCUGUGGUGGGUGCUGGUUCUCAGCUGAUCCAUCUAAAGGAACAGGAUGGAGACCAGGAUCCAGAGGACGGAGGAACCGGUCCAUCACAGACCUCAGAUCCAGAUCUCAGCUCAGUCCAGACCCGGAUCAGACAGAUUGAACUGGACUGGUCCAGUUUAGUGGUCGAUGUUCCAGUUGUUCAGCAAGCUCUGCAUAAGCGAUGGGUGGAGACGUUGGGCCAACAGGGGGCGCUGUUGGAGAUGCAGACCUGGUUGGAGGAGCAGAACAACAGGUUCAACCAAAACUCAUCAGUCAGCUCCGACCUCAGUCAUCUCCUGAGACUCUGCAAGGACUGUCAGACAGAGAUGGCGGCUCAUCAGGCUACGCUAGAUUACGUGAACCAGCCGUUCCAAACAUGUAGUACCACAGACGGCCACAGGGGGCGAUACAACCAUAACAGGUUUGCAGAAGAACAGGGUGAACUGAACCAUCAGUGGCUCUGUCUGCAGGAACACCUCAGCUCUCAGAUCCAGCAGGUGGAGGCGGAGCUAAGGAGCCGAGCGGAGCAGGAGGCCCGGCUCCAACGGAUCAACAUCUGGAUCUCAGAGCAGAACCUCUGGAUGGACUUGGCCCAGACGCCCAGAAGCAGAACCGAGCUGGAGAAGAACCUGAACCGCUGCCAGGAGCUGGAGGAUAAAAUCCAUCUCCAGUCACUGGCUCUUCUGGAUCUUAAGGAGAAACAGGAACAUAGAGGAGGAGACCACCUCUGGGAUUUGGCGUCUCAGACAGAAAAGUCGUCCCAGGCCUGUUCAGCUCUGAAACAACAGAAUGAAGCAGUGAAGCUGAAGCUAAUGGAGGUUCGGCCGCUGUGGGAGUCUGUGGACAAAACGCUGAGUGAGAUGUUCCUGAAAACAGUGAAGAUGUGUCAGAGUGUGGAUCAUAACAGCAGCCCUCAGCUCUGUCUGCAGGCCCACAGCCAUCUGCAUCACAGCCUGAAGCUUCUUCACCAGGAUGUUGAAGUUUCAGCGUCAGAGUGGGUCAAACUGAGUCAGACCGUUUCUCGUCUCAGAGAUGUCAUCAGUCCUUCAGCUGCCGUCCUCAUCACUGAACAGCUGGACAGACAGAGACACAGGUGGAUGGUGCUGUCAGAUGUUUUGGACCAGAAGCUCCAGAGCAGCGUCAGUGUCCUGCAGCAGUGGGAGGUUUACCACCGACUGGCGUGCUUGUUCUCCCAGCGGCUGCAGACGCUGCAAACUGAGGUCACAUCGGUACUGAAUAAAACCAGUUCAGACGACGACGCUGUGGAGCAAAUCACAGACAAGAUCCAGAGUGUUCAGAGUCUCCUGCUGAGGACAGACAGUCUGCAGUCUGACCUGGAGGGGGCGCUGGACGCCUCCAAGGACCUGACCGCCCACCUGGAGCCUCCAGCUGCCGCUCUGGUCCAAUCAGAGAGCAGGAUGUUUGCACGUGGCGUCCUGCAGCUGAACCAGACACUCACAGGGAAGCUGGGUCAUCUACAGGCGGAGCUUCAGCGGCUGCAGGAGUUUGGAAACGUCCUGGAGUCACUGGAGAGCAACCUGGAGCUGUGGCUGGAGCGUUUGGAGCGUUCGGCUCAGACGGCGGAUCAGUCUGGUCUCCUGGAGCUCAGCGGUCUGUCUGCUGACCUCGAUGUGUUGAACGAGCUGAGCCUCAGCCUGACGCUGGGCGACGCUGCAGCGCGACGCCUGCAACGCCUCAACCGGCGCUGGGCCGACACCGCCGGCAGAGUGGAGGAGGCCUUAAGUGAGAUGCAGACGGAGGCGCUGAGGAUGCAGAGCUUUGAGCAGAAGUGUGAAAGCUGGAUGUGUUUCCUGCAGAGGAUGGAGGACAGUCUGGCCGUAGACGUGGCCGGGUCCUACAUCGGACUGAGGCAGCAGCUCUGCACACACAAGAGGUUCCAGACUGAGCUCUCCAUCGGUCACCAGAUCCUCCACUCAGUCAUCACCGAGGCUCUUCAUCUGCUGCAGAGAGGAGAGGUGGACGACAGGAGUGACUUCGUGCUGAAGCUGGCCCAGCUCCGGCAGCAUUGGCAGGGUGCCGUGCAGAGGGCGGACCAGCGGCGCUCCCUGGUGGAGGGGCUGCUCAAACACUGGCAUCUGUACAGCCGCAGCCUCAGGAAGCUCCAGAAGUUUCUGUCGGACAUACAGACCCUCCUCCCCCCGUCCGGACCGGCCCGAUGCAGCCUGCUGCAGCUCCGACGCUCCCUCCAGGACCUCCAGCACACGGAGCUGCUGUUCCAGAGGCAUCAGGCCAGUUUCAUCCACACGCUGGAGGUCGGACGCCAGCUCUUCUCCAUGGGCGACGAGGAGACCCAGGCCCAGCUCCAGGCCCAACUGGGAACCCUGCAGGAGGAGUGGGACAACCUCCACAGCCUGCUGGGAAGGAGGAUGGAGCUCACCGAGGCCAUCGUCAAGAACUGGGAACGCUGCGAGGCCGGGUUGGCCCACAGCGUCCUGCGACUGAAGGACGUCAAGACCAGACUGAACCAGUCGAUGCCGGAGUCUGACGACGAGCUGCAGAAGACAGAAACGGUCAACAAGGAGAACGAGGACUCCCUGGAGGACUGGGCUGAGAGCCUGACGGAGCUGAGUGCCAUGAAGACCGACCUGUCCCAGUACAUCAUCGCUGAUGAAGUCCUUCUGCUGCAGGAGCAGGUGGAGCACCUGAACUGUCAGUGGGAUGAACUCUGCCUCAAGGUGUCUCUGCGUAAACAGGAGAUCGCAGACCGUCUGAACGCCUGGAUCAUCUUCAACGAGAAGAACAAAGAGCUGUGCGAAUGGCUCACCCAGAUGGAGAACAAGGUGGCACACAGCUCCGACCUCAACAUCGAGGAGAUGGUGGAGAAGCUCAAGAAGGACUGCAUGGAGGAGAUAAACCUGUUCAGUGAGAAUAAAACCCACCUGAAGCAGCUCGGAGAACAGCUCAUCACCGCUAGCAACAAGACCAAGGAGACGGAGAUCAACGACAAACUGAAGGACAUCAACGACCGCUGGCAGCAUCUGUUCGACCACAUCGAAGCCAGGGUGAGGAAGCUGAAGGAGACGCUGGUGACGGUUCAGCAGCUCGAUAAAAACAUGAGCAACCUGCGGACAUGGCUGUCGCGAAUCGAGGCCGAGCUGGCCAAGCCGGUGGUCUACAACGUCUGCCACAGCGACGAGAUCCAGCGGAAACUGGCCGAGCAGCAGGACCUGCAGCGGGACAUCGAACAGCACACAGAGAGCGUGGCCUCGGUGUUGACGCUCUGCGACGUCCUCCUCCACGAUGCCGACGCCUGUGGCAGCGACUCCGAAAACGAUUCCAUCCAACAGACGACGAGAAGCCUGGACCGACGCUGGAGGAACAUCUGCGCCAUGUCCAUGGAGAGGAGGAUGAGGAUUGAGGAGACGUGGCGUCUCUGGUGUAAGUUCCUGGAUGACUACUCCCGGUUUGAGGACUGGUUGAAGACGGCGGAGCUGACGGCCGCCAGCCCAGACUCCGCCGGCGUCCUCUACACCAACGCCAAGGAGGAGCUCAAGAAGUUUGAGGCGUUCCAGAGACAGGUCCACGAGCGUCUGACUCAGCUGGAGCUGGUCAACAAACAGUACCGCCGCCUGGCCCGUGAGAACCGGACCGACGCCGCCAGUAAACUGAAGGUCAUGGUCCAUGAGGGGAACCAGCGGUGGGACGGUCUGCAGAGGAGGGUGGCGGCGGUUCUACGAAGACUCAAGCAUUUCACGUCUCAGAGGGAGGACUUCGAAGGAACCCGUGAGGGGAUCCUAGUCUGGCUGACAGAGAUGGACCUCCAACUCACCAACGUGGAACACUUCUCCGAGAGCGACAUCGAGGACAAGAUGAGGCAGCUCAAUGGCUUCCAGCAGGAGAUCACCCUCAACACCAACAAGAUCGACCCCCUCAUCGUGUUCGGGGAGAACCUGAUCCAGAAAAGCGCUCCUCUGGACGCUGUCCUGAUCGAGGACGAGCUGGAGGAGCUUCAAUCCUACUGUCAGGAGGUGUUUGGACGUGUCGCCCGCUUCCACCACCGGCUGGUCAACAGACGCCCGGUUCUAGAGGAGGAACGUGACUUCUCCGACCGGGACACGGAUCUGGACGACCCCCCCGAUCUGACAAACGGGACGUCAUGGAGGAACUCCACCAGAAAGGAGGAGGAAGAGGAGGAGGGUUCGGCAGUGGGAGGGGCCACAGCAGGACGGCAGGUCAUGGUCCACCUGCUGGCUCCGCCCCUGGAGCGGUCGGGCAGAGAGACCCCGGUCAGCGUGGACUCCAUCCCCCUGGAGUGGGACCACACCGUCGACGUGGGGGGGUCGUCAUCGCACGAGGACGAUGAGGAUGCCACGUACUUCAGCGCUCUGUCAGAUGUGCAGGUGACUGACAGCUCAGAGUCGUUCGUUAAAGCCACUGUCAGGGCAGUGAAGGCAUCAUCUGUGAAGUCAGUGACAGACCCCCCCAGCUGGCACCAGCCGGGCUCCCCCGAAAGGAAACGACUUCCCCGAGAAAUCCUCCGAGGACUGAGUUCGUCUCCCACCCACCACGGCAACGCCCCCUUCCACCAGCAGGGAUACGUGAAGCUGAUGUCUGAAUGCAGCGGAAGCAUCGACAGCGUCAAGAAAGUCAAACUGAUCCUGAACGACGACGAGGAGCUGGACGACCCGGGUCUGAGCUGCAGCACGGCCGACAAACAGACCAGCACAGGUGUGAUCCAGCGCUGGGAACUCAUCCAAGCACAGAAACUGAGCAACGCCGCCGACAUCCAACAGGACCUGGAGCAGUGGCAGAAGCUGAACUCUGACCUCUGUGAUGUCACUUCCUGGUUGGGGCGGGUCCUGCCGGAGCUGGACCGGCUGCAGCGGAUCGCACCGUCCACCAGCGUCCGGGACAUCGAGGUCAACAUCAGGAAACACAAGGAGAUGCAGAAACUCUUCAACAGUUACAAGUGUCUGAUGAUCUCCGUUAACCUCAGCAGUCGUCAGUUCCUUUGCGGCGACAGCGUGGAGCUCCGUGAGCUGCGGGACGCCCUGAGCUCGGCCAAUCACAGCUGGACGCAGGCCUGCGGCGCUCUGGAGCGCUGGGAGCGGCGGCUGCACUCGGCGCUCAUGCAGUGUCAGGAGUUCCAUGAGACCCUACACUCUCUACUGCUGUGGUUGGUUCAGGCUGAGAACAAACUGCACAACAUCAACGCCGGCGCACGGGCGACACCACGGCCCACCCUCAUGGAGCACCGCGACACGCUGACACUCCUACAGGAGGAUCUUCGUUCUCGUCAGCGUCAGGUGUCAUCGCUGCAGGACAUUUCCUCCCAACUCCUGGUGGAGGCGACCGGAGACGACAGCGUGGAGGCCAAGGAGAAGGUCCACGUCAUCGCAAACAAACUGCGUCUGCUGCUGCGACAGACGGCGUCCGAUCUGCAGCUGCUGCACGCACGACUGGAAACCAGCUCCUCCAGCUCUGACUGGACAGCAUCGGCCUGGAACACUGCACAAGGAGGAGUCCACUCCACCAGCAGCAACAGUCGCACAGAACACAAGCAGAAGUUCCAGGGCUGAGGUGCGGGAGCCGCCCCCCCACAGCAGGCCCCCCCUGCUCCUGCGGGCCCUGCGCCGCCUCCUUCCCCUCCACUGCUGCUGUUCUCGCUGCUGCUGCUGCUGCUCUGCCUGCUUCCUCUGAGCGAACACGACUACAGCUGCACUCUGUCCAAUAACUUCGCCCGCUCCUUCUACCCCAUGCUGCGCUACACCAACGGACCCCCGCCCACGUGAGGG